GAAUGCAAAUGGUGCGAGGGCUGUUUUCGUGGUAGCGCGGGUGGAUUUUGUGUUCGGAGUCCGCGAGUUUCGUCGAAAAUUGCGACGAGUUCGUGUUUUGGGUGGAGUGGGGGGCAGUCACUCAUUACAAUCAACUUUCUCUCACAAGGCGUCAUGUUCGUGACAUCAUUCAUGAAAUGCCCAACUGCACACAGAGUGCUGAAAAUUGUUCACAGGCGAUUGCACGGUGAUGGGGUCAGGGUGCACCCCCAUGUGGCGGACGCCUUGGCAAAGCAGCAGCCGGUGGUUGCUUUGGAGAGCACCAUUGUCACCCACGGCAUGCCCUACCCACACAACCUCAGGACUGCGCUGGAGGUGGAGGCGAUUGUGGCACGGCGUGGCGCCGUGCCGGCCACGGUGGGCGUGCUGAGCGGCAGGAUUCACGUGGGCCUGGAGGAAUCGGAGCUGGCUCAGCUGGCGCAGAUUCCCGACGCCGUCAAGGUGUCCCGCCGAGACCUGGCCUACGUCGUCGCCCAAGGAUUGUCUGGAGGGACCACCGUGUCUGGUACGAUGAUAGCCGCCCACAAGGCAGGGAUCCAUGUCUUUGUGACGGGCGGCAUCGGCGGUGUCCACAGAGAUGUCCAAUCAAGUCUUGACAUAAGUGCUGAUCUCACUGAGUUAGGAAGAACACCCAUUGCUGUUGUGUCGGCCGGCAUUAAAUCGAUAUUGGACAUUGGAAGGACACUUGAGUAUUUGGAAACUCAGGGCGUCUGUGUCACUACAUUUGGAUCAUCCAGAGACUUCCCUGCCUUCUUCACACCAAGAAGCGGCUUCCUAUCUCCGUAUAAUGUGGAGACAGAGGAGCAGGCCGCUGAGCUCAUAGCGAGCGGGCUGAGGUUGGGGUUGGGCAGCGGAGUGCUGAUUGCGGUGCCCGUGCCAGAGCGUCACGCCGUGGAGGGGCAGCUCAUCGAGGCAGCCAUCCAGCAGGCCCUGCGAGAAGCCACGGAACAACAGAUCGUGGGAAAGGAAGUAACACCCUUCAUCCUGCGACGAGUUAACGAACUCACGCAAGGGCAGUCUCUUGAAGCCAACAUCGCGCUGAUAAAGAACAAUGCGGAUGUUGGAGCCGGGAUCGCCUGCAAGCUGUCGGAGAAGCAGCAUGGGGCACCCAGUGGACGGAGCACCCUCCGCGCUCUUCCUGAAAAGCAGGACAAAAUGGAGUUGAGGCCGGUGGUUAUUGGAGGCUGUAAUGUGGACUUUGUUGCAAGAAUAAAAUCCAGCAAUAUUCAGUUUGGUGGCCAAACGAACUACGGCACGGUGCGCCAGUCGUUUGGCGGUGUUGGGAGGAACCUUGCAGAUGGGCUGGCACGGCUGGGCACGAAUCCCCUGUUCAUCUCGGCCGUGGGCGAAGACGCUCUCGCCCGCACGCUGAUCUCCAACAUCAGCCACAUGGAUACGAGUGGGAUCGCGCGGGUGGCGGGCGCCAGCACAGCAACGUACUGUGCGGUGCUGGACCACGCGGGGGAGCUCACCGUGGGCAUCGGCGACAUGGACGUUCACCGGCGCAUCACCCACGACUACGUGCAGGGGUUCGAGCAGCAGAUCGGCUCCGCCUGCAUCGUUUGUGUGGACGGGAACCUCCCCGUCUCCACCAUUGACUACGUGUGCGGCGUGGGCAAAGAGCGCGGCGUUCCAGUCUGGUUCGAGCCGACCGAUAUCGACAAAGCCAAGAAGCCAUUCCUGUCCGGCAGCUGGAGGGGUCUCAGCGUGACCUCUCCAAACCUCGCUGAGCUGCUGGCCAUGAACAGCGCACUCGGUCUCGCUACACCUGACGGGCCGCCCCCAAAGGACACGAGCGCUGCGGUCGCGCUCGCACGCAGCCUCUGCCGCCCGCUGCUGCGACACCUGGCGCUGGUGUUGGUGACAAUGGGGCGGCAUGGUGUGCUGCUGGCGUCACGCCCGGGGGUCGCCACUCCACCGCUGCUGCAGGGAGCGCUCGGCGCCGCCACAGAGGAAGAUGGGCCACGAGGAGGGCAGGUGGCGGUGAUGCGGUGCGUGCAUUACCCGGCGCUGCCCGUGUGUGCCGGAGACAUCCUCAGCGUGUCUGGGGCAGGAGACAGCCUGGUGGCAGGUGUGAUCGCGGGGCUGCUCGCACAGAGGGAUCUCGACUCGUGCGUGAGAAUGGGGCUCAUCGCCGCCUCCAUCUCCCUCCGGUGUCACGAUGCUGUUCCACCAUCGCUGCAGAUGAAUUCCCUGGAGCAGCAGAGCCUCGGUGCACUGCAGUGGCCCCGACCCACGUACUACAACGAGGAGCUGUAACACUUUCAAAAUCGUUGAUUAGGAACCAAAAUGCAGAGCAAUUCUCUGCAUGGAAUUUUACAAUCAGUGCCUUAAGCUUGACGACAAUCUUACACAGUGUUACAUUUUUUAUCUCUGGGGUUAGGGGGGCGGGGGGAAGGAUUUACAGUGUUACAAUUAUAAGUUGUGAUGGUAUACGUGAGAGUGGUGCUCAAAAAGCUUUGGGAAUGGAUGAGAUCCCAAAAAAUAACAUUUUAAAUGUGAUUAUAGUGCUGUAUGAAACUUCAACCACCUUUAUAUGCUAAAAAACCCGACGUGUAAAAAAACUAUCUAUCGAUUCAUUGAUUAAUAUUGAUUCUUAAUACUACAUUGCAUUCAUCAUGAUAAUAACGUGUAAGAAUCAAUACUUUUAAAAUGAUAUGUAUGUUGUAUGCAAUGGGAACAUGGGGGCGGAUCUGUGGUGCAAUCGUUAGCGCACUGCACUCUGGACCAGGUUGAUCUGAGUUGAUUCUCGGCCACGGUUAACAUUGGUGGCACGUUCUGAACCUCCCCCUUCACCAACCCACAUUGACCAGUGUGAUGAAGUGCUGUCUAACAACCACCAAGACUGACACGGCUUGGGGAGACCAUCCAUCUGUGGCUUAAAGGGAUGCACAUUCAUGGGUUACAUGACCCCCCUGCGGAUACCAGUGGCCCGCUACAUUCAACUCUGUGCAAAAACUUCUUUCAGAAUCGAAUCGUGUCUCCGAAACGUUCAUCAAAUCACCGUGGGGGAGGGCAGGAAUUUGAAUCGUUUUCACGCCUACAAUUAGCACAACACAUUCGUCAAUGCCACAGUUCACUUUCAGCAGUUCUGCUAAGUGUGCGGCAUUAAGUUGUGAGCGUGCACUGAUUUGUUAAUAUCUCGAGCCCAAACGUGUUGCCUGGCCGCCGCCACCGUGCGUGCAGCGUAGCCGCGUCAUCGCCAGUGCCUGGAUGGGCGCGGUGCACCCGGCUUCGAGUGCGGCACCGACAAAACAGCGGUGCCAGUUUGCCAGAGCCCUCCGUCGUGGGCCCGUCGCCUUACCCGCAUUUGCCGUGACUGGUUCACGGCACUGGGUCAUUCAGCCAGGUUGCCCCCACUUUGAAAUUAUUCAUUGUCGCCCACCGUGUGUGUUCAAAUCUUGACUGAGAGCUUUCGCGGCUGCAGGAAUUCACAUUCUUUGGGUCUUUCGGUAAAGUCACGUAGAUUGGUUGAAAGAAAAUAACAAAAAACUACGACGGUCAUCAUUAGGAGGAAAAAAAAAAGUCGUUGUUUUUAGUUAUUUUUUGUUAUUUUCUUUGAAGCUAUCUACGUGACUUUACCGAGAGACCCAAAGAAUACGUAUGCAUUCAGGCGUGUUGCACCUAUGAUCAAAUCGCCUGCAAUGCGCCCCAUCCCGUCACAUCUCUGAAUCUAAGCGCCAAUUUGUGCCGGGAUAGUGCUUGGAUGGGAGAACCACCGAGCACAAAUAGGUCAUCAUCGGGGCUGCACAGUGCAUUGUAUGGCGGUGUUGUGAUGCUCUCACGUCAGUUUUGCCCGACGCCACCAACGUGGUGAAGUAGGGUCAAAUAACCCUAAUGACAUGUCGAUGGCCUCAUCCAGCAGUGGAUUGGCAGGGCUGUACGCAUGACGUAGGCGUGGUGGAGCACUGUUCCUCAGUUUGUGUGCUCUCCGUACAUCGCUCGCUCCCACGAGCGACCGAAUAUCAUGCACAUUUGCGUCUCACUUGUGAAGAAAGGCAGCCUGAAAGAAGCCAAAUACUAAUGUAACACUAAUGUUUACCAAGGGUUCUGCAACUUGAGGUGUUGUCUUGGAACAUUAAGAGGACUAGAGAAACAAACUUUGCUUUGGAGAUUUCUUACACUUCUUACAGUAUGCAGAUUUUGUUUACAACACUAUUGCCAAUGCAACGGUUAUGUGCCUUGUAUUCCUGAGACUUAAAAUUGUAUUUUCAACUUAUCCCUAUGCAGUAUUUCUUGACCUAUAAGCAAAAUUGCUCGUCUUGAGAAUCAAUGCAAUAUAAUUCUUUAAAAGCUGUGAAUUGUAAUGUACCAACCUAAGUGUGAAGGUUGUUAUUUUAUUAUAUUGAUUGUGUUUAAUGGUGACGUGUUUAAAUGAAGGCAAAUAUACAUCUGAAGCACAAAUGACUGUAAUCUAAUUAUCUAAUAACACGGGGAGAUUUCCUUGAAAUAAAU